UUUUUGCUCCGUGAACUGCAAUGAACGUCAACAAAGAUUUAAAUUACGCCUUUGCGCUGAGUCGCCAAUGUUUACGGAUAUUAGGCGUAUGGCCCGAUCCACUUGUGUCUUUGAGUGAAUUUCAGCGUCCAAACCUAAGAUUUAUAGUUAUUACGUGUAUCCUAAGCCUUUACAUAUUCAUGCCGCAAAUGACAAAUGUGAUUCUUGCAUGGGGUAAUGUGUCUCUGAUGGUGGAAUAUCUCUCCUCCGCGAAUUAUAGCUUACUGGCACUGUGCAAGUUAUUCGGUACUUGGUACCACGGUAAAGCUAUGAUCAACUCUACUGUUGACAGUUACAUCUCGAUACUUCUGUUACACAUAUGCGCGCAGCUGAUGAAUCUACGAACAUCGCUCAACAAUUUGGUCAAUGAAUUAGCCGAAGGAUCUAUAUCAUCUUCAAUAUUUAAAAAAGGAUUAGCUGCGAUCACUACACGUCACGAGCAUCUUAUCAGGAAUGCAAAGACGAUCAAUGACUGUUAUAGCUCAGUAUUAUUGGUGCACAUGUUAGCCGCUACUUUUCAGUUGUGUUUUGAAAGCUUUCAAGUUUUCACGAGUACAAAUAUGGCAUAUGGCAUGUAUGAAUGCAAGUGGUAUAAUAUAUCAUCAAAAGAUGCGAAAAAUUUAAUGUUCAUGGUACAUCGAUCUACAAUUCCGCUUAGAUUGACGGCUGGAAAAUUUGGAACUUUCUCAUUAGAAAUGUUUGGAACGACGAUAAAAACGUCAAUGGGAUACCUAUCUGCAUUGUUGACAUUGAUGGAUUAGAAAGAAAUAUUUUUGAAAUACUGAAUUAAAUGGGCGUACUUGUUUGUUAUCUAUAUUCUAUAAAACGUGUUAACAGCUUUAUAUGUAUUAUCUGUAACAGAUUUGCUCUAGAUUAAUACAACCUUUGUGCAAUAAU